AUGUCAACUAUUUCAAGACCAGUUUCGUCCUACAUUAGCUUAGAUGAUUCGCAUACCCAGCACUUCUUUACUCGGAAUCGUAUACAAAAACAUUUACGACGAGCAGGCUUAUUGAAUAAAAAUGGAGAAAUCCUUACUCAAGCAGAAUAUGAAAGUAUUCAGAAAGACGCGACUAUCAUACGUGACAAUAAACAAAAAAUCGAUGAUGCAAUUGUGGAUGUUCUUAAUGACAUGGCUAGAGAGCAUUGGGCAUAUGCACGUGAUCAUAUGGAUGACAUGAAAAAAAACUUGAUGCAUCAAUUUCGACGUAUUGAAUUGCAAUACCGUCGACGAGUACAACCAGUUACGAUCCGAUACACGCACGAUGGUCGAAGUCUACUUGAAUCGAAUGAGUCGAAACAGGUCACUGAACGUGAUAAAAGUAGUAAAAGUAUUCGGUUUUCGACUUCUGUUCCUGCUUCGCGUUCACAAUCCCCUGACCCAUCGGAAGUCAAGCAUUCGUCAGAAUUGAAUAGCAUCCAAAGAGAACUGAACGAUAUCAAACAUAAGCUUAUUCAAAUUGAUCAACGAUUUAAGAUUUUGGAAAUUCAACCAAAAAUUACUCAGCCCGUAAUACCUACUCAAAGCAGAGUUCAACGUUUCGCUCGAUUAGUAGAGAGUACCUAUAAUAAUACGAAUAUUCGAUCUGAUCAACAACGGGCGACAACAGUGAGCUCAUAUCCAACAGCUCUUGAUCGACCAAAUCAAAAUCUCAUUAUUGAUACCUCGUUUUCGAAUGAUCCCCAGACGUUUAUGCCUUACACAGAGUUUUUACCAACAUUUGAUAUGUUUGCUAAGAAAAACUGGAUCUAG